UCCGGCCCCGCCUCUUUCCGACCUAGGCGAGCAUCCGCUUCUGGUUCCUAGGCUGAAUUGGAGGCGAGCGGAGCCCGAGGUGGCGGAGGCCGGUCUGCUGACCAGGGCCUUGCCUGAGAUGGACAGCCGGAUUCCUUAUGAUGACUACCCGGUGGUUUUCCUGCCUGCUUAUGAGAAUCCCCCAGCAUGGAUUCCUCCUCAUGAGAGGGUAUACCACCCAGACUACAACAAUGAGUUGACCCAGUUUCUUCCCCGAAUUGUCACACUGAAGAAGCCUCCUGGAGCUCAGUUGGGAUUUAAUAUCCGAGGAGGAAAGGCCUCCCAGCUAGGCAUCUUCAUCUCCAAGGUGAUUCCUGACUCUGAUGCACAUCGAGCAGGACUUCAGGAAGGGGACCAAGUUCUAGCUGUGAAUGACGUAGAUUUCCAAGAUAUUGAACAUAGCAAGGCUGUUGAGAUCCUGAAGACAGCCCGUGAAAUCAGCAUGCGGGUCCGCUUCUUUCCCUACAAUUAUCACCGCCAAAAAGAGAGGACUGUACACUAGAGAGUUGGAGCCCACAACCCUGCGUGUGGACUCUGCCAGGACAAGCUGGCUAGACUACAAGGAAGCCACUGUUACUCUCAAUCCCUCCCUGGCAUAGAAAAAUGGGGAAGAUGGGGGGACAGAUAACCAACUGUAUUACCCAAACUGUACUGUACUUUCAGUUCGCAAGUUUUCUAAGUGAGCUUUAUUCCCUGAAAGGAGAAGGAUGAUGAUGUCAAGAUAUAACAUAGGGAAGCCAGUUAGAAAAUGCAACUGACAUUUAUUGAAUACCAUGUACUAGUCUCUUACAUAUCAUUUUUAUUAUAGAAAUCAGUAGAAAAAAAGAAUCACAGGGCUCUUCCAUCUGAUUUGCCUGGCCAUGUCAUCCCAUCUUUAUACUACCAGAGGUUUCAUAUGCUUUGGAGACUCCAAUAAAACCCUGGUUUUGCUCCUUCCUCCUCAUCCUUUUCCCCCCAAAAGUAAAACACAGUGCUGAAGAA